UCCUCCUCGUCGUCCUCGUCCUCGUCCUCGUCCUCCGCCGUCCCCCCGGCCGCCAUGGCCGGCCUCACCGCCAACGGGCCCCUCAGCGGCGGCGGCGACGAGGUUUCAUUAAAUGGGACCCAAUUUGCCGACAGCCCCGGCGUGUCGGAGUUCACGGCGGUUUCCCAGACGCCUUUCACGUUCGGCCUGGGCCAGCGGGCGCCGUACGCGGCCGGCGAGCACUGCCUCCUCUGCCGAAGCGAGCGCAAGGACCCCGCCGUGGCCGAGGGCGGCGGAGGCGGCGGGAAGAACUCCGGCAAGAUGGCCCUGUCCGCCCCGCCGAAGGCCAACAGCACGCUCCACCUCCCGCUCUGGGUCUGCCCCGACUGCCGGCGGACGGUGGAGAAGGAGGAGCGGCACGGCGCCCUGCAGCCGCCCGCCGUCGCGAGCCAAGAUUUCCUUUUCCACGCGCCUCUUGGAAAUAGCGGAUCCCAGCAGGAAUCGGUCGGAGGAGGGAGGCUGGCGGUGGGGCCUCCAACCGGGCCCUCCGCCGAGCUGAAUAACCCCGCGGCACCGGCAGACAUCGCGUGUAACUGCGAGGCCUGUAACGAGCGCAGAGAAAUUUCAGCAGAGACUGAACGGGAAUCUCAGCAGCUUCAAAAUUACUGGUCAGAAGUAAGGUACAUGGUCCGAUGUAUAUACCGUCAAGCCGGCACGCCCUUAGCGGAUGACCAAGACCAGUCGCUGGUUCCGGACAAAGACGGGAUGAAAGAGCUGGUGGCCAGGCUUUGCGAGCGAGACCCCUACCAGCUCUAUCAGCGGUUGGAGCAGCAAGCGAGGGAGUACGUGCUGGAGAUGAAAGUCCGCCUCCUCAGACACUUCUCCCUGGGCUCCAAAGUCCAGUCCCCGGCGGCGGCGGCGGCGGCGAUGAUCCAGGGCCCUCCCCAGGCGCAUCAGUUCAUCUCACUCCUCCUGGAGGAGCACGGGGCCCUCUGCCAGGCGGCACGCACAAUCAGCACUUUCCUCGUCACCCUGGAAAAUGAACAUCUGAAGAAAUUCCAGGUUACAUGGGAACUGCACAAUAAGCACCUGUUCGAAAAUCUGGUUUUUUCUGAGCCGCUUCUUCAGAAUAGCCUGCCGGCGCUGGUGUCCCAGCUCAGGCUGGGGAUGGCGGCGCACGACUCGUGCGGCGAGGACACGUACGCUACCUUGUUACAAAGGUACCAUCGGCUGGAAGAGGACAUGGGGCGAGUGGCGCAGGAGUGGCUCCAGUGCCAGAAGAGAAUCGACGACUACGUGGACGAGCAGAUGGCAAUGAAAACAAAGCAACGCAUGUUAAAAGAAGACUGGGAGUUUUUUAAACAAAGACGAUUCUUUGAAGAGCAGCUAAAUAACAAGAAAGCGUUAGCUGGAGAGAACAACUUCACAGACACGAUGAGGCACAUGCUGUCGUCACGCCUGAGCAUGCCUGACUGCCCCAACUGCAAUUACAGGAGAAGCAGGUGUACCUGCGACGACUGCAGCCUGUCCCACAUCCUGACAUGCGGCGUGGUGGACUCGCCCGUCCCCGAGGACGUCCACGUCAGCCGGCUGCCGCUGCCCGGGGAGCCCGGGCCGGACUACUUGGCGGACAUCUGCCCGCCCAGCCUGUCGUCGGCCAGCUCGGGCUCGGGCUCCAGCUCCCCCAUCACCAUCCAGCAGCACCCCAGGCUCCUCCUCGCCGACAACGGGGCCGCCCCGACCUUCGGGAGCGACGACGACGAGGAGGAGGAGGAGGAGGACGUGGCGCCGCUGUCGGCCAAAUUUGCCGACAUCUACCCCUUGAACAACUACGACGACGCCGAGGUCGUGGCCAACAUGAACGGGAUCCACAGCGAAUUAAACGGUGGAGGCGAAAACAUGGCCCUGAAAGAUGAGUCCCCACAGGUAAGCAGCACUAGCAGUAACUCUUCCGAGGCGGAUGAUGAGGAAGCGGAUGGAGAGAGCAGCGGGGAACCACCGGGAACGCAAAAGGAGGAUCUAGCGCUAGGGAAAAGGGCCCCGAGGAAAGAGGAAGCCAAAACGGACAGUCCACCCCCCGCGUACCCCACCCAGCAGGCUGACCCGGGCCUCAAUACUUGCGAGUGCCACGUCUGCAAGCAGGAGACGUCGGGGCUGCCCGCCUCGGCCCUCGCAGCGGGACGUCUGCCCGCUGGCCACCAGUUCAUGAGCCCGGAGAAACCCGCGCAUCCUGCCCUUCACCUCUAUCCCCACAUCCACGGACAUUUACCUUUGAAUACUAUGCCUCACUUGCCUCGUCCUCUCAUCCACCCCACUUUGUAUACUGCCUCCCCUUUUGCACACAGUAAGGCAUUACCGCCGGCACCUGUUCAGAAUCACACCAACAAGCAUCAGGUAUUCAAUGCAUCGCUCCAGGACCAUAUUUACCCCAGCUGUUUUGGAAGUUCGCCAGACUGGAACAGCUCCAAGUUUAUAAGUCUGUGGGGAUCAGAAAUGAUGAAUGACAAGAACUGGAAUCCUGGUACUUUUCUGCCAGACACCCUUUCUGGCAGCGAUCUCUUGGGGCCGGCGCUGUCAGAACUAAGGCCCGAAGCCCUCCCCACCACAUCCAGCCCCGAAACCACCGCCGCCGCGGCCGAGAGCAAGGAGAAGAAAAGCGCCGCCAAGAAGAAGUGUCUGUACAAUUUCCAGGAUGCCUUCAUGGAAGCCAAUAAGGUGGUCAUGGCAACGUCCUCUGCCACCUCCUCCGUCUCCUGCACCGCCACGACGGUGCAGUCCAGCAGCAACCAGUUCAAAGUGUCAUCGAAGAGGCCUUCCUCGAUAGGUGAGGUGUUUCACAGUAUCAGUAAGGAGGAUCAUAGACAUUCUGGCCCGGUGGCCCCACGCAAUAGCCCCACGGGCUUAGCGUCCCUUCCUUCUCUGUCUCCCGCCACGGCCGCCUCCGCCGCCGCCUCCGCCUCCGCCGCCCCCCUCUCUCCGGCCUCCGCCCCCCACCUCCCGACCCUGGCCGCGGCCCCCUUCCCCAAAACCGCCGCCGCGGCCGCCGCCGCCGCUCCGGGCUUCGUGGAUCCACAUUCCGGCCUCUGCCCCACCACCGUCCCCCCUCCGACGUCCACCACAGACAGCUCAGUGAGUGCCCCGCCAAGUAUCUGCAGUGACCCCGACUGUGAAGGUCACCGCUGUGAAAACAGCAGCGCGUACGACCACCAGCAGUACGACGGGGAGGAGAGUCAAGAUGAAGACAGCUGCUCGGAGCACAGCUCCAGUACCUCAACGUCCACCAACCAGAAAGAAGGGAAAUACUGUGACUGUUGUUACUGUGAGUUCUUCGGACACGGAGGCCCGCCGGCCGCCCCCACCAGUCGGAAUUACGCGGAAAUGCGGGAGAAGCUGCGCUUACGGCUGACCAAGAGGAAAGAGGAGCAGCCCAAAAAACCGGAUCAGGUCUCCGAAAGGGAGAGUGUCGUCGACCAUCGAAAGGUGGAAGACUUGCUGCAGUUUAUAAACAGCUCGGAGACCAAACCAGUAAGCAGCACUCGGGCAGCCAAGCGAGCGAGGCACAAGCAGAGAAAGCUAGAAGAGAAAGCCCGCCUGGAAGCGGAGGCCAGAGAACGGGAACAUCACCAGCUCCUCGAAGAACAGAGGCGGCGGGAAGAGGAGGAGGAGGAGAGGUUGAAGCAGGAGUUCCAGCGGCUCCAGGAGCUGCAGCAGCUCAGGGCGCUGAAGAAGAAGAAGAAAGAGCGGGCGGCGAAGGACUGUCCCAAGGCGGACCCGCUCCCUCGGAGUCUCCAGGCGGCCAAGGAGUCGGAGGCCGGCGCCGGGGACCUGCAGAACGGCAUCCUGGAGCCUCCCGCCAAGGUAGCCGCCCCGUCCGGCCCUUCCCUCCCCGGGCCGCCCGCGCCCUGCGGGCCCCCCGACCCCCCGAGCCCCGGCGACCCCAAGCUCCCGUUCCCGAAAGAGGCCCGGGCGAAGCAACCGGAGCCGCUCUCCUUCCUCCUGGACAUGAUGCACCGUCACCAGGAAGGGGCCGGCAAGCCCAAGCCGAAGGCCGGCGGCCGGCCCGGCGGCGGGGCCCCGGAGGCCCCCCGGGCCAGGAGCCAGGCGGAGCCCCGGGCCAAGGCGGCGGAGCCCGAGCCCCGGAGGGAGGAGAGGAGGGCCGGCAACACCAACAACAACAACAGAAAGCAGUUCAAUCACGUCAAGGAGGAGAGGCCGGGCCCGAGGGACACCACCCCUUCGCCGAGCGAGCAGCAGCCGCCGCCGCCGCCGCCGCCCCAGCAGAACCACAAGGUAGCCCCCGCGGAGUCUCCCCAGCCCAAGGGGAGGAGCAAGAAAAAUAAAAAGAAGAAAGGAGACAGAGUCAGCAGUUCGAUCGAUGAUGUGUUCCUGCCCAAAGACAUCGACCUCGAUAGCGUCGACAUGGACGAGACGGAGAGGGAAGUGGAGUAUUUUAAAAGGUUCUGUUUGGAUUCCGCAAGGCAGACGAGGCAGAGACUGUCUAUCAACUGGUCCAAUUUUAGCUUGAAAAAAACCACCUUCGCUGCCCACUGAGUCGAGCCCGUGUCCGGGGGGAGGAGGAGGAGGAGGAGCCCCCGUCCCCUCACUCCCCACCCCCGCGGGAGCCACCGACCGACAACUCCACUCGGCCCGAACUGCUGCCCCGAGAGCAUCUGUCCAGCCUGGAGCCCGCGCCCGCGGCCCCCCCCGGCCCCCCACCCCGGUCCCCCCGACGAUGCUCGCGGACUGAGAAAUUGCCACUUUCUACCUGAAUUUGUUAGCUUGUGUGCUUGUAGUCUGUGAGUGAGACUUAUUUGAUUGUAGCUCUACGCUGUUGGAAUGGGGACAGUAGGCCUUCUCCCCCCCCACACCCCACCCCCCGGUCCCCUCCCGACCGCCUCGGCCUCGGUCCGACCGUCGAAACUGCACCCCGGGCCCGGGAGGAGGCCGAGACCCCCCCCAAUCCGCUCCGCCCGCGGUGACCCCGGCCCCUUCUGCGUCCAGGCCGGUUUUAUCCUUCCUCGUCGACUCCCGACAGAGAUCGGACCUCAUCGGUUGUGCUUUCAUCCUCUCUGGGAUCGCCCCCCUCCCUACACACACACACACACC